CGAGGCGGCUGGCAGUGGAGGGGCCGAGGUUAUGUCCGGCUCGUCGGCCUCUCAGAGCCCCGACAUCGCCUGUGCCAGCCUCCCCCUGGAGUUGCUCGCGGCCGGCGCCCUCGCCGCUGUAAAAGAGGAGGCGCGCGCCGAGGGGGAGCGCGAGCGCGGCGCCUCCGUCAUCGUGCCGGCCCACGAGUGCGAUACAGACUCGCGCGACGCUCACGAGGAGGAGCACGAACUGCUCUCGACGGGCAAACUUUCGCCAACCUCGGGUAUAUCGGUCAGUGUUGCCAGCAUGAUAGACGCGACGGACUUCCGGGCAAUGCAGCCGGAGCCUACUUACCAGACCCUGACCUCGGUCGCCGAGCGAAUGUCGCCCCCGGGCUUCAGCCCGGGCUCCAGUUACGCCACGCUGACGCCCUUGCAGCCGUUGCCGCCGAUAUCAACGAUGAGCGACAAGUUUGCGUAUGGAGGCCAUACCGUAGCCGGAGCUGGUGGAUGCGGGACCGGCUCCGGUUCGGGAACCGCCGGCGGCGUCACCGGCAGCUUCGCUGUCAUGCAGAACAACGGUCUCGGCGGUAUCGGACUAGGCGGAAUGGCUGGCUCGCCUUACGCCUACGACAAGCUGCCCUCCAUGGGCAUGUCGCCGCCUCACAACUAUCCAUCCCCAGGGGAGGGUCUCCAGCCCUCGCCUCUUUCGCCCCAGAGCGCCUACAGUCGGAGCGCCCUCAAUUCGCCCCAUAAGUCAGCGAGCCCGCAUUACGAGCCGGCUUUCUUGCCCCGGCUCCAGCAGAGCCCUCAGGCCCUGAGUCCGCCGUCGCCGCCGGUGGGUAGCCAGCCCCAGGGUUUCGCGCAUCACUCUCACUCACCGCCAGCGCUCUCAGGCCCGGGCUCGCCGCCGCCCUCGUCGCUGCAGCAGCACCAACAGCAGCAACAGCAACAGCACGGACAACAUCAACAGCAGCAGCAGCAGCAACAACAACAACAACAACAACAGCAGCAGCAGCAGCAACAGCAACAGCAGCAGCAGCAGCAGCAACAACAGCAGCAGCAGCAACAACAACAACACGCUCAGCACACGUCGGUGCUAAUGAAGACGGGACCUACGACACCGGGAGCCACCGAGGUCGAGGAGAUCAACACCAAGGAGCUAGCCCAGCGAAUUAGCGCCGAGCUCAAGAGGUACAGCAUACCCCAGGCGAUAUUUGCCCAGAGGGUGCUCUGUCGAAGCCAGGGUACUCUGAGCGACCUACUACGCAACCCCAAGCCCUGGUCGAAACUUAAGAGCGGUCGGGAGACUUUCCGGCGGAUGUGGAAGUGGCUGCAGGAGCCCGAGUUCCAGAGGAUGUCGGCACUUAGGCUCGCAGCGCUCAGCAACUGUUCUGAGAGCGGCGGUGACCCGGACGCCAUGCUGGAUAUCCACCACACUGGGCCUGCAUCCAUGGAUGCGCAUCAUCAACAGUUUCACAACUCAUAUGCUGCACAGAUUCCACAACGCGGAACUUGCAAGAGGAAAGACGAGAUGUCGAGUCAGGCAGAACACCAGCAGCCCGCCCCCAAGAAGCCCCGACUGGUUUUCACAGACCUUCAGCGUCGUACUCUACAGGCUAUUUUUAAGGAGACGAAGAGGCCGUCAAAGGAGAUGCAGGUGACAAUCGCGCGCCAGCUCGGCUUGGAGCCGACGACGGUCGGUAACUUCUUCAUGAACGCGCGCAGGCGCUCGAUGGAUAAGUGGAAGGACGAGGACCCGAAGGCGGUCAACGUGGACGAGGGCCAGCUCUCGCCGACGAUCGGUAUCAGCCCGCGGCAGGCAAGCGACGUUUUGUGACACACGUCCGACCACGAGGAGUACCACGACGAGUCGCCCGAGGAGGACCUCGCCUUCUCGUAAGGUCCCACCUCGAUGGCCGCGCGCCCUCGACUCAGCCGCCGUCAUCGUCGCCGCCGUCGCCCUCAUCUUUAUAGUUGCCGUCAUUCACCCUUGCCAACAACGCGACUGCCACCG